UUUUGAUUUUUUUUGCUCUUGUAUUAAUUCCACCAAAAUUUGAAGUAGUUGUACGAUAUUUCCUCACUUCCAAAGAAAGUUGAAGAGUGUGAUUCUGCGGUUUUGUCUCCCCCUCCACUGAAACGUGAAGCUAAAAAGCAAAGAAGAAUUGAGAGAAUUGUGGUAGGGAAUAGGGAUAGAAUGUAUUUGUAGGAUGGACACUGCACAGGGCAGUUAAAUUCUGUGACAGACACAAUGGCGUCCAUUGGAGCACUAAAAUUGUGUGUCUUGUUAGUUGUAUGCCUCCUCAAGUAUGUAGGCCUUUCUGAGGGUCGAUAUGCAAAAGAAGAAUACUCAUUUAUCAAAAGCGCAAGUUCAUGGGGAAAGGGUGAUUAUGACUAUAUAAUAGUGGGAGGAGGGGCAGCAGGGUGUGCAUUGGCUGCAACCCUCUCUGAGAAGUACAAUGUGCUGCUGCUUGAGAGAGGAGGAGUCCCUUUCAACAAUCCCAAUGUGACCUUUAAGUCAAACUUUCACAUUGGAUUGUUAGACAAAACGGUUUGUCAUAACUUCAUUUCAACAGACGGAGUCAUCAAUGGAAGGGCUAAAAUUUUGGGAGGUGGAACUUCCAUCAACGCUGGCUUCUACACUAGAGCAAACCCAGAAUUUAUAAGAAAAUUGGAGUCACGGGGGUGGGACACAAAGCUAAUGAACGAGUCAUAUCUUUGGAUUGAGAAGCAGCUUGUUCACUGGCCAAAGUUUUCAGGUUGGCAGAGAGCAGUUAAGGACGCGCUUCUAGAUGCUGGAGUGUCUCCUUUUAAUGGCUUCACAUAUGAGCAUUUGUAUGGAACCAAAGUUGGUGGAACCACUUAUGACAGCUCUGGCCGUCGCCACUCAGCUGCUGAACUACUUGCUUCUGCGAAUCCGAGCAAACUUACUGUUUUGACCCAUGCCACUGUCCAAAAGAUUGUUUUUGAUACAACAGGAAAAGCACCAAAAGCUAAGGGGGUUAUUUUCAAGGAUGAAAAUGGGAAGCAGCAUGAGGCAUUUCUUGGAACUUACAGUCAGAGUGAGGUGAUUGUGUCUAGUGGGGCUAUUGGGAGUCCUCAAUUGCUAAUGAUCAGUGGAAUUGGCCCCAAAUCUGAUCUUCAGAAAUUGAACAUCCCUGUGGUGCUUGACAACCAAUUUGUUGGGAAAGGCAUGGCUGAUAGCCCCAUGAACACAAUUCUUAUUCCCUUCAAGAGACCAGUUGAGCAGUCACUCAUAGAAGUUGCUGGUAUAACAAAAUUUGGUGUGUACAUUGAGGCUACUAGUGGGUAUGGCCAGACCAGAGACAGCAUUCACUACCGCCAUGGUACCUCGUCAGCUGAGGAAGAACAGCCGUCCACAACUCCACCAAAGCAAAGACCAGGAGAAGGUGUAGAACCUAUUGUGAAUAGCAACAAAGACGUACCAUAUGAAGAAUUCAUGGGAGGUUUCAUAUUGUCAAAAGUUGCCUACCCUAUGUCAACAGGUGAGCUCAGGUUGGUAAACACGAACGUGGAGGACAACCCUACUGUCACCUUCAACUACUUAAGGCACCCUGAUGAUCUUAAGCGCUGUGUGGAUGGGGUUCGCUUGGUAAUAAAGGUUGGCCAAUCAGAGCAUAUCACAAACUACACUUCGAGUGAAAGACAAAAUGCAGAUAAAAUGCUUGAGCUCGGUCUGAAGGCUAAUAUCAACUUCAUUCCCAAGCAACCCAAUAACACAAAGUCACUAGAGCAGUAUUGUCGAGACUCUGUGACCACUAUUUGGCACUACUAUGGUGGGUGCCGUGUGGAGCAGGUAGUGAACUCUGAGCAUAAAGUUCUUGGUGUUGACGGACUCCGCAUAGUAGAUGGCUCAACAUUUACUGAGUCUCCAGGAACUAAUCCUCAGGCUACUGUCAUGAUGAUGGGCAGGUACACGGCACUGAAGAUUUUACAGAAUAGGUUGGGGAAUAAGGCCGGUAUUUAAGGAUGAGUACGUAAUAUGAAAAUUGUCCCAAGAGAAAUGGAGAAAAGGGGUGCACUUGGAAGACAAGAACUAUUGGUUGUAGCAUGUAGGACUGGAAAUUGUUGUAUUUUAUUUGUUAAUUGAGUGAACUGGGAAGAGUGAUUAUUAAAUUAUCGAGAAAGUUUUGGGUUUUUAGAAAUAAAAAUUGUUGCAACCCCUCAAGGAGGUAUUUUUUUGUUUUUCCUUCCUUAGAGAUACCUCAAAGAGUGGGAUAGUUGGCUCCAAGAUUUAACGCGGCUACAUACACAAGACAGGAUUCAAACCCCUGACCUUGCUUAAGGGUAGAUCAACUCCUAUUGCUGAACUACACGUUUGAGAAAAUUUAAAUUUUGGAUAAAUUAAGUGAGUAAAGAUUUAAGGAGUUAUUUUAAGAA